AUGAAACGGCGUCGCGAACACGACGGUGAGCCGGGCCUCCACGAAUCCCCUUUGGAUUUGAUCCAUCCGUCCGGUUUUCGCAUCGUCUGGCGCAAUGGCCGUUGCCAGAGUCUGAAGCGGAUCGACCUUCCGAGCCACGUCGUCUCUGUGAUCCUGGCG